CCUUAUCCACCUGGCUCCUUCCCACACCCUGCCUGGCAGGCAGGCACUCCCACAGGCACCACCGCCCCUUUGCCUGGGGGUGCCAUGGCUGCCUGUUUCCUCGCCUGGCACCUCCGGUGUUGGGAGGCCAUGCCAGUGUGCCCACUGCUCCCUUGACUCAGUUUCCCCACUUGGGUGCAGGAGCUGGGGUGCCAGCCCCCCAUAACACCCCUCUCUACUUCUUCUCUCCCAGAUGUAUGGACGUUACACUCAGGACUUGGGCACCUUUGCCAAGGAUGAGGCAGCCCGGCUGCGGCUGCAGGAGGGGGACACCCCUCGGCCCCGCCGGCCCUCCGAGCUGCUGGAGUACACCCAGGGCCGGUGUGCCCCUUGUCGCGUCUGCGCCUUGCAGUGCCAGCGGUUCCUCAUCUCCAAGGUGGGCGAGGACUGGGUCUUCCUCAUCCUGCUGGGGCUGGUCAUGGCACUGGUCAGCUGGGCCAUGGACUUUGCCAUUGCCACCUGCCUCCAAGCUCAGAAGUGGAUGUAUGGGGGCCUGGACACCAACGUGCUGCUGCAGUACAUGGCCUGGGUCACCUACCCUACUGUGCUCAUCACUUUCUCAGCCGGCUUCACCCAGAUCCUUGCCCCCCAGGCCGUGGGCUCAGGCAUCCCCGAGAUGAAGACCAUCCUGCGGGGCGUCGUGCUGAAGGAGUACCUCACCCUCAAGACCUUUGUGGCCAAGGUGAUCGGGCUGACAUGUGCCCUGGGCAGCGGCAUGCCCCUGGGCAAGGAGGGUCCCUUUGUCCACAUCGCCAGCAUGUGUGCAGCCCUGCUCAGCCGCUUCCUCUCCCUCUUCGGGGGCUUCUACGAGAAUGAGGCAAGGAACAUUGAAAUGCUGGCAGCCGCCUGCGCCGUCGGUGUCGGCUGCUGUUUCGCCGCCCCCAUUGGAGGCGUCCUCUUCAGCAUUGAGGUCACCUCCACCUUCUUCGCUGUCCGCAACUACUGGCGCGGCUUCUUAGCUGCCACCUUCAGUGCCUUCAUCUUCCGUGUCCUCGCUGUCUGGAACAAGGAUGAAGAGACAAUCACGGCACUGUUCAAAACCCGCUUCCGUCUCGACUUCCCCUUCGACCUGCAGGAGCUGCCUGCCUUCGCUGUCAUCGGGAUCGCCAGCGGCUUCGGGGGCGCGCUCUUCGUCUACCUCAACCGCAAAAUCGUGCAGUUCAUGCGUCGUCAGAAGACCAUCAACCGCUUCCUCAUGAAGAAGCGCCUGCUCUUCCCUGCCUUGGUGACACUGAUCAUCUCCACGCUGACCUUCCCACCUGGCUUUGGACAGUUCAUGGCUGGCCAGCUCACCCAGAAGGACACCCUGGUGACGCUCUUUGACAACCAGACGUGGGCCAAGCAGGGGCUCAGUGAUGAGUUCGAAUACUUGGGCAUCCUGGAGGCCUGGCGCCAUCCCCGCUCCAACGUCUUCGUCACCCUUGUUGUCUUUAUCCUCAUGAAGUUCUGGAUGUCAGCCCUGGCCACCACCAUCCCAGUGCCCUGUGGAGCCUUCAUGCCUGUCUUUGUCAUUGGGGCAGCCUUCGGGCGCCUGGUGGGGGAGAGCAUGGCAGCCUGGUUCCCUGAUGGCAUCCACACAGAGAGCAACACCUACCGCAUUGUGCCAGGGGGCUACGCCGUGGUGGGGGCGGCUGCACUGUCGGGUGCUGUCACCCACACGGUGUCCACGGCCGUCAUCGUCUUCGAGCUGACGGGGCAGAUCUCGCACAUCCUGCCUGUCAUGAUUGCUGUCAUCCUGGCCAAUGCCGUGGCUCAGAGCCUCCAGCCCUCCCUCUACGACAGCAUCAUCCGCAUCAAGAAGCUGCCCUACCUCCCUGAGCUGGGCUGGGGCCACCACGAGAAAUACAACGUGCGGGUGGAAGACAUCAUGGUGCGGGACAUCCGCUACGUCACCCUCAACUGCAGGUACCGGGACCUGCAGCAGGUCCUGCACAGCACCAAGAUGAAGAACCUGCCGCUGGUGGAGUCAGCCGAGUCCAUGAUCCUGCUGGCCCAUUCCUACCUGUCCCUGCCCAUCCCAUCCCAUCCCUGCCCAUACCUGCCCAUCUCUCCCCAUCCAAGCCCAUCCCAUCACAUCACAUCCCAUUCCAUCCCACCUCAUUCCAUCCCAUCCUACUCCACUCCACGCCCUGUCCUAACUCCGCCAUCUCUCCCACGGUGCCAGGCCCAGGGCACAGCCUAUCACAAGGCCAAACGCGUCCGCAUUUCCAUUGUGGAGGAGAUGAUCCUGGGUGACAAGAUGACCCCAGCAGAGAUCCUGGAGUGGGAAGAGCAGCAGCUGGACCAGCUGGUGGACUUCAGCAGCGCCAAGAUCGACCCUGCACCCUUCCAGCUGGUGGAGCACACCUCACUACACAAGACCCACACCAUCUUCUCGCUGCUGGGCUUGGACCACGCGUUUGUCACCAGCAUCGGGCGCCUGGUGGGCAUGGUGUCCCUCAAGGAGCUGCGCAAGGCCAUUGAGGGCUCAGUGACGGCCAAGGGGGUGAAGGUGCGCCCACCGCUCGCCAGCUUCCGUGACAGCACCGCCAGCACCAGCGACGCCGACACCACAGCCCUGCGCCAGCUCUGGGACCGCCACCAGCACCACCCCAUGCCCCGCGAGGCCAGUCCUGGGGGCGAGGAUGAUGAUGAUGACACUCCCAAGGGGCAGUGAGUCCCUUGAGGUCCCACCUGUGUCACCAGAAGCUGCAGGGGCCCCUGGCAGGUGCCAGGGAAUGCCUGCCCUGUGCCCACUCACACCAGGCUCAGCACAGGAGUGGGCACCCUCAAUCCAGUGCCGCUGCCCCCUCCCUGUGCUGGGGAUAGGUUGGGUGCCCCCCAGCCUGCCCCUGCUCCCCAACUACCUGCCAGCUCUUGGGGCUUCCCACUUUGCUACCUCUGCACUCUCCAAACCCCCUGGUGCCCCCUGGAAGGGCCACUGCCCCUACCCCUCCAUGGGCACCACAGUGUCCCUGCUUGGGGUGGCCCAGGGAGGCAGAGGGGCAUCAGAUCAGGAUGCCUGCAGGGACAGGGGUGGGCACUGCCCCCUGUCCUCAGCGCCUCCUAGCUGGGAAUGGGGGGUCCUGCUGCCUAUCUGCUGGGCACCCCUCCCCCUGUAAAU